AAAUCUCACUUGAAUUAAGCUAAAUCAUGGUCUAAUUACUAUCAAAUUUCUCUCCUAAUUAAUCUAGAAUUUCGGACACACAGGGCAGCAAUUAGAUGGCUAAUUUCAGCAGUUAAAUGGGUAAAUCUAGACUUAGAGAAGCUUCCACAUACCAGAAUUUGCAAGAAAAGAAACCGGACUGCAGUUUGGGGAAGGCCGGCGGCAUGGAAGAAGGAAGCUCACGGGUUACCCAAAAAUUGAAGGAAAUAAGAGCAAUUAAGGAAUUUGCACCCACAAUCGGCAAGAGCAGCAACCAGACAGAGCAGAGCAGAGCAGAUCCGGAUUCUGUAGAGGGGUGGGGGAAAUUUCUGGGUUCUAAAUGUGUUAUAGAACAAGAAAAGAAGGAGAAAUCCAAGCUUUCUCAUUGGUUUGGCUUUACAAGAUUCCUAGAGGUGAAGAAGGCAAAGGUUCUCGAAAGUCAGCUAGAUCAGAUAAGGAUUGACGGAAGCAAAAUCUGGGUGAAUCUAGCUAAAUACCCAGUGGAAGCUCUAGAGGUGAAGGGGAGUAGGAACCUGGCUCCACCAAAUAAAGUAGUUAAGGGGAAAUCCUAUGCUGAAGCAGUUAGAGGGCUGGAUAAAGAGGACUUAAGGGUCGGUGAUGAACACCCAUUGACAACUGAACCAAGGGAAGCAUGGGUGGGUAUGGAGUGCAAUGUUAAAGAAGAAGAUUUCGAGUGGCUUCGAGACUGCUAUGUCGGAGUAGCCCACUCUGUUGAAAUAGUUCCAAUCCUCCAAGAAAGAUUCUACAUGGAAGGUUAUUUCACAUGCCGUCUAAGGGCUAUGGGAGGCAAAAUGGUAUUAUUGGACUAUGAGGAUAAGGAGGAGCUAAAAGAAUUAGUUCAAGGUGCAGCUAGCUGGUUAAGCCAAUGGUUCGCAGAUGUCAAGCCAUGGUCUCCAUCAUUGGUAGCAAAGGAAAGCUUGGAUGACAACACAAGCAAGAAAAGAAGGUUUGACGUUGCUCGAAUCCUAAUCUCCACGCCGAUUAUGGAAUCAAUCUCAGUUAAAAGGCAGAUCAAAGUUAAUGGAGUCCUCUACAAUCUCAUGUUUACGGAAGAGGAAGCGUCUAACAGCCUUUUCUCUAUGAAAUAUGAUUUUCUGCCAAGCAUCAAGAGUGACUCUGAAUAUGAAGAAUCUUGGUCGAAAGGCUUGGAUAUAGAGGAAGAACCAGGAGAGAAUGGUCGUGAAGAUAACAGGGAUUCAAGCACCGGGGACGGGAACACUGCAGGGGAUUUUCCGGACCAGAUCGGGAAGGACAAACGGGUGCCUGCCAUUCCAGAUUCUGAGGCAUAUUUUGAAUUUGAAGGAGAUUUGCAUGAUGAAGUAUGUCAGAAAAAGAAGGAUAUGAUUUAUUACAGCUGGAUAGGUGAAGAGGAGUCAGUUGAAGUGGUUGCAGAUAGUCUCGAGGAAUGCUUAGCAGGUAGUGACGUGGGAAGCAGAGAUGAAGAAGAAACACUAGCUAUUGAGUCGCAAAAUUGGGUUAGCUCAGACCCAAUUGAAGCCUCAAAAGAUGCUGCAAGGUCUGGAUGGGCUAAGCCCAACUACCAUCAUCCAGCCCACUCUCAACAAAAUUUUGGAGGCCUGAAUGAGGAAACCCGGGUUUGUGAGGCCACUGGCAGUAGUAAGCAAGACCAGCUGGAGGCACAACAGGGGAUUAGCUUUCACGGACAAAAUUUAUUAGUCAAAAAAGGUAAAAAGAGAGAGGGGUUGUCACGGGAUGGGAGCACAUCCGCUUCGAUAGAUCCAGAAAGUGUAGAAGGAAAUGGAGAGAAGCAGAGGGAUCCGAGCGGCAAGGAAGGGAUGGCCUCAAGAAGGAAACUGGAUAGGAUGAAGAAAAAGAAGAAGACGCUAAUGUGCAGAUCAGUGUAUAAUAGAGCCAGCAUAUUGGGUUUUAUGAGCCAUAAGAAGAAAAUCAAGAGCGGAGCAAGAUCAAAAAAUGCUCCGAGACAAGAGAUGCCGAGCUUUAUGCCGAACACAAGCUAUUCUGUGGUGGGAGGGUCUGUUGGAGAUAGCGGGAUUGAAAAUUGUAACAGGUUGAUAAAGGAGCAUCCCAGCCGAAGAAUAGCAGAAGAGCUAUGGGACUUCGCGAAGCAAAUUGGGGUUACUGCAAAGGAUGAGGUUGAGACUCUCAGGAGCCUUGAAGGAAUGGAGAAACGAGACAGAGAGGCAAAGGAAUCGGAGAUCCUGAAGUCAGUGAGUAAGGAUCUGAAGGUCAUUGAGUGGGGGCCAAAGCCAUUUAGAUUCUUUGAUUCUUGGCUAGAACAAGAAGGAUAUAGUAAGCUAAUUAAAGAAGUGUGGAAUGACACCCAAAUUCAAGGCUGGGCAGGCUUCCGACUCAAAGAAAAGCUGAAGACAACCAAGGAAUUUUUAAGGAAGUGGAGGAAAAAUUUGAUUCCUGCACUGGAUCUCAGAAUAAAUAAUGCUACUUCCGACAUUGCCAAAAUUGAUAUGAAGGGGGAGGAGACACAACUAACAAAGGAAGAAAUCGAAAGGAGAAGAGAAGCGUUCAUUCAGAUUUGGGAAAGUUUGAAAAGUAAGGAGAGCAUGAAGCAUCAGAAAUCAAGGAAAGCUUGGGUGGCUCAGGGGGAUGCCAAUACUAGGUUCUUUCACAACUGUGUGAAGGGCAGAUGGAGAAGGACGGAAAUGAAUAGCAUACAGAUAAAAGGGGUUCAAACUAGGGAUGCCAACAGAAUGAAAGAGGAAAUUGCUUGCUAUUUUGAAGAAUUGUAUGCUGAGGUGAAAAAGGAUAAACCAAGACUCGAUGGGCUGGGUUUCAAGCAACUCACAAGGGAAGAUAAUGACAUCCUCAUUUCUUCCUUUAGUGAGGAGGAGAUAAAGGCAGCAGUAGGAGAAUGUGACAGCUCAAAGGCUCCAGGCCCUGAUGGUUUCAAUUUCAGGUUUGUCAAAUCUAAAUGGGAUGUAAUUAAAGCUGAUGUGGUGAGAUUCUUGCAAGAAUUCCAGGCAAAUGGCAAAUUGGUGAGAGCGAUGUGUAAAAUCUUGGCUAAGCUUUUAGCCAAUCAGUUGAAGAAGGCGCUUGAGAACAUAUAUGGGGAGCAACAGAUGGCUUUCCUGAAGGGAAGACAGUUGAUGGAUGGAGUAGUUAUAGCUAAUGAGAAGAUGGGUUUCUGUGAGAAAUGGAGGUUGUGGAUCCAAGAAUGUUUACGAUCUAGCCUGGUAUCAAUCUUAGUUAAUGGUAGUCCAAGUAGGCAAUUCAAAGUGUCAAGAGGGGGGAAAAGGAUUAACUGGGUUAAAUGGGAAAAUGUGUGUAAAGAAAAACAACUCGGUGGUUUGGGGGUUAAGGAUCUUAGGAAGUUUAACCUCGCCUUGUUAGGCAAGUGGUGGGGGAGACUAGUGAGAGAUGAUAAAGGGCAUUGGGGUAAGGUUAUUCUUGAGAAGUACGGGAAGGUAGGGGAACCAAGUUUCAAUUGGCUGAGGGAGGGUUUCAAUUAUGGGUCAUCAUGGUGGAGGGAUAUUUGUAGGUUAAGUGAUGUGGAAGAAAACAACAAAGGGUGGCUUGCAGACGGUUUAGAAAUUAGAGUGGGAGACGGGAAAGGUACGAGCUUUUGGUGGGAUGAGUGAUGUGGGGGAGUGAGUCUUGCUAACAAGUUUCCCAGACUCUACCUAAUUUUUGUAGGAAAAGAUAAAAAGAUAUCCCAAAU